AUGGGCCACUUCACAAAGGUCAAUUAUGCUUGUUCCUCUUUUCUGUCCAUUGAUCCGCAGCCUCAGGCAUCCAAUGCGCUGCAGGAGCUCUGCUUUGUGAUUAUGGGGAUUCUACCAAAGCCUCAGGAACAAGAUGAAAAAGAUAAUACCAAAAGGUUCUUAUUUCAUUAUUCGAAGACACAGAAGCUGGGCAACUCAAAUGUCAUGUCGUCAGUUGUGCAUCCUUUGCUACAGCUUGUCCCUUGGCUGCAGGAGAGAAGAAUGAAGAGAUUCAGAGUGGGCGAAGAAUUCCAAAGUCCUUUUGCAAGUCAACGUAGAGGAUACUUUUUAUUCAGGCCACGCAAUGGAAGAAGGUCGGCUGGUUUCACUUAAAAUGGAUUCCAACUAAUUUUUCACAGAAGCAAUGCUGUGAAAUACAAAAUGUACUGACAUUUUGUUUUCCUCUCAAAAACAAUCCUUGAUAAGUUUACUCUGUUGAAAGUCCGUGUGUAAUAAACACUCUCAGAAAAAGUU